AUGUCUCCAGACAAACCCAAUGGAACAACAGCACACGAGGAGGCUGAGACCGUCUAUUUCCAAAACAAUCCAGCUCCCAAGUCUCUGGCCAACCACGAGACCCUGGCCCGGGAGUUCAUCCAGUAUCACCUAGAGAAUGCGCCGUCUCGCCGAAUCGCGUUGGUCACAUCCGGGGGGACAACUGUCCCGCUAGAGAAUCAAACGGUGCGCUUCAUUGACAAUUUCUCCGCCGGUACUCGAGGAGCCACAUCCGCAGAAUACUUUUUGCAGGCAGGCUAUGCCGUCAUCUUCCUGCAUCGACAAUUCAGUCUCCUGCCCUACUCCAGGCACUACAGUCACAGUACCAACUGUUUCCUCGAUUUUAUGGAGGAGUCGGAAGACGGGGAACGAGUUGUUGUGCGAAAAGAAUAUCAAGAGAAGAUGCGUCGAGUUUUGAAGCAGUAUCAGUUCGCCAAGCAGAAUCGGUUGCUGUUGCUUCUGCCUUUUACCACUGUCACAGAUUACAUGUUCGAACUUCGCAGCCUUGCUGUCAUCAUGCGUCCCCUCGGGAGCCGGGCGCUCUUCUACUUGGCUGCCGCUGUCUCUGACUUCUUCAUCCCUAGGGAUCGGAUGGAGGAGCAUAAAAUCCAGUCUCGUGAAGGGGGCAACAGCCGCCAAUUGGUCAUCAACCUGGACCCGGUCCCCAAAUUCCUCAGCAAUUUGGUGCAUACCUGGGCUCCUAAAGGAAGCAUGAUUGUAAGCUUCAAGUUGGAAACAAACCCAGAGCUUUUGGUGGGAAAGGCUGAACAAGCUUUGGAGCGUUAUCAGCAUGACCUCGUGAUCGGCAACCUGCUCACCACCCGCAAAUGGGAAGUCGUCUUCAUUACUCGCGAUGGUGGAGAGAGAUGGAUCCGGGUCCCAAAGACGAGGCGAUCCAAAAGCUUUUCUGGGGUGGAGGCACUGGUGGGCAAGGCGGAGCGAAAGCACGAGCCAGAACCCCACGAUCUGGAGGGAGGUACCGUGACAGAAGGCAUGGAAAUUGAGAGCUUGAUCAUCCCCGAGUUGGCUGAAAUGCACUCAGAAAUGAUAGAGCAGACAUCGUAG